AGUCCUUCCGAAUGAAGUAAGCACCCCAACCAACUGUUCCCAGCCGUACCCAGCCGUGGACGCGUGCCGUAAACCAACAUGACUGUUUCGUAUUCAGCGGAGGUACCGAACGGUAGCAAUUUUGGCGUAUUUUGGCGCAUUUUAUGGAAAUGGCGUGGCAGUGUAUAUAAAGCCGUCUGGCGGGAGCUAUUGGCAUAUCUACUAGUCUACUACACACUUAAUUUCACCUAUCGGUACGGUCUCAGCGAAGAUGGUAAAAGAGUAUUCGAACGAAUCCGUACCUACUUCGGCCAACAGCGGGAAACGGUGCCACUAUCGUUCGUGCUCGGCUUCUACGUCAGCUUGGUAGUGAAACGCUGGUGGGAACAGUACCGGAUGCUACCAUGGCCCGAUACACUGGCACUGUUUGUGAGCGCAGCCAUCCAGGGCAAUGACGAAACUGGUCGACUGAUGCGGCGAAACAUUAUGCGCUACAUGGUGCUGUCGUACGUGAUAACGCUGCAAAAGAUUUCGCUCCGCGUCAAACGACGCUUCCCGGGCUGGCAGCAUCUGGUCGAUGCCGGCCUAAUGCUGGAAAGUGAGCGUAAAAUAUUCGAGAUUAUGGACGCGAAAAGCCCCAUGUCCAAGUACUGGAUGCCGCUGGUUUGGGCUACCAACAUCAUCAACCGGGCGCGCAAGGAUCAGCUGAUCCCGUCCGAUCACAUCGUGCAGACGCUGCUCAUGGAGCUGUCCGAUAUCCGGCGCCGGCUCGGCGGUCUGAUCGGCUACGAUACCGUGUGUGUGCCGCUCGUCUACACGCAGGUCGUGACGCUGGUGCUCUACUCGUACUUUACCGCCGCCAUUAUGGGUAGCCAGAUGAUCCCGACGUACGAUGCCGCCACCGGCACCUACCAAGAGCUGGAUGUGUUUUUCCCACUGUUCACGGUGCUGCAGUUUGUGUUCUACGUCGGAUGGUUGAAGGUGGCCGAGGUGUUGAUCAACCCAUUCGGCGAGGACGAUGACGAUAUUGAGCUGAACUGGCUGAUUGACCGACACAUUAAAGCGUCGUACAUGAUCGUGGACGAAAUGCAUGACGAGCAUCCGGAGCUGCUCAAGGAUCAAUACUGGGAGGAGGUCGUACCGAAAGAUCUGCCGUACACCGUUGCCUCCGAGCAUUACCGGCGGGAAGAGCCGAAGGGUUCCGCGGAACACUACAAAGUGAAGGAGGCGGAUGCGGUCUACGCAAACAUCGGUGCCGUUGGUGGCAAGCGUAUGAUGAACGACGAGAUGUACGCCGACUACGAAAGCGUAGACACGCCAAUGGCGGAACGUCGUAAGGGAUGGCUGGGCAAGGUUAGCCGAAUGGGUUCUGGACGUAGUUCUUCCACGGCGUACUCGUCUGGAGGUCUUUUUGCGCGCAAUCGACACAACUCCGUGUACUCUAGCCCAGAAGCGGGUCUCGGACAACCGAUUGUUACUGGAGCACCCGCCCCAAAGGUGAGCCUGUACGAUCGAUUCGUAAGCCGAAAAUCAGGCCGUCAUGCGAGGCAAAUUAUUAAGCAAAAUUCGAAGCUCAGCCUCAACGGAUCGGUUAUAUCGAACGUACCGCAAAAAGCACGUCCCCGAAUACCGACACCGGACGUGACGAAAGAGAGUCGUGUCCCGCCACUCGGUACAAUGACGACAAGUACCGCAAACAUUGCGUCGGGUGUCGCACUGAUGGCAACACAGCUCGCAAACAAUCCCUCCAUCUAUCCAGCAUCGACGGCGACUCUUAACAACAACGAUGUUCCGGUGGUCGGAACACUUCUGCUGGCGCCGAUCAAAGAGCUAGAUUCCAGCUCAACGACCAACACCCUUCACUCAGGCCAGUCCGCUACGGCUUCGCUGGCCAAAUCGAUUUUACCAACGGCGCUGAAGAGUUCCGUGUCCCCGUUCGGCAAGGACGGCACUAAUCUGGAGCUCACGCUCACAAACUCAUCGUCGCUGGGCGGUACACCGAACACCGUCAUCGUACUGCCGGCAACAACCACCGCGGUAGCUGUGUCCGCCAACGGUACGACGGUGACGGGUGCGAUCCCGAUCACGGCCGGCACGGGGCGCUCGCUGGACGCAACCGACACCAGCCCCGGUGUACGGGCGCCGGGCGGAGUGCUGGUACCGAAAACGGACGCCUUGCUGCCCAUUUCACUCACCUCCCUUCCGCUCUCGUUCACGGUGACGCCGGUCACGAACACUAGCAGCAACAGUACGGCCACCACCACUACCACCGGUGGUACCAUCAUUACCGAGCUGCCGUGUGACGACGGUGAGGUCAGCACCAGCGUAACGAUGAGCAACGAGAAAAGCCGUCCACCGCCAUCCGCCAGCAAUGCGGACAGCUCGUCCUCAGCCGCGUCGACACUGAGCAAACGGAAGCCAAAGCAUGGCGAGGUGUACGUUUAGUUUUGCCAACAACAGUGGUAGGAAUUGUAUCAUAGCCAGCAUAAGCAAAGUAGCGAAUUGUAGUACAGCGUACGUGAAGAGAAGAUGUGCCAAUUUACACUGUUGUUUCCUAUUUCCCAACGCACCGCAAACCGAUCGCCCGUACCCAAGUCCGGGUACCCUGCAAUUCCCAUAGAAGCGCUGUGUAUUUGUUCUAGUAAUCAUUAAUACAAAGUAUUGUUUUGUUUUGUAAGGAAGUAAGUUUACGAGUGCUAGCGGUAUAGCUGACGAGGAUGAUAAAUCAGCAGCUAGCAGUUUGCGUUUGUUUGUUUUCGUUUUUAAAUCAUAAUCGUUAGCUACACCUUUUGAAUCGUGAAUCAUGGUAGUAUGUAAGGACGGUCUGCAUACACCUUCCGUCCACGUCCAGAACCUUGCGAUUGAUGCAUUUCAUGAAUGAAUUUUAAGCGAACCUGGGGUAAUGCGUGUGUUACCAUGAAGAAACGCGAUAUAAAUCGAACCGAUAUGUUUUAGCUCUACUCUCGGCUAAUCUUACCAUCCUGAUCGAACAUUUUACCGCCCUGAUCGAACGUGAUCGAGGAAGGAAGGAAAACCAAUUUCUGUAGUGUUUAGCAUUUUAUAAACAAGUUAGUACCGAGCGAGAACUUUCAAAUGGAUAUUGUAUAGAGAUAAAACCAAUUUUAAAUAAACGUGAUCAUGAU